AGCUACCGCAGCUAGGCAAUACACACACGCUAUCGAGUCCCGGCCUUGAGUGCAUCUGGUUCGAAUUCUCCUCUGUUCGAAGAAUAACUGCUUGUAUAUUUCGUCCAAGAUGUCAAAACAACAGAGUUUAGACAAGGUUCGUGAUACUUUGGUAAAAUUGAAGGAAAAUAUCGAUACAGCUGAAGACAGAUAUCACGAAGCGAAAACAGCUCGUGUUGAGGCAGACUCGAGACUCGAGAAGGCCGAAGAAGAGGCGGAAAGUUAUCGACGUCGUUAUAAACUUUUGGAGUUUGACUUGGAGAAAGCCAAGAAGAAUUUAGUCGAGAAACAAGAACGACUGGCUCAUCACGAAGGUCGUUCCUUGGACGACGAUGAGAAACGCAGGGAGUACGAAGAAACCGAGAUGGAACGAGACGAUCAGCUCAUCUCGAUCGAAGAAGAAGCGUUGACUGCCAAGCAACAAGCUCACGAACAUGCCCACAUUUUGAUGGAGACACAGCGAAAACUGCAAGUCAUUGAAGGGGAGUUCGAUAAGGCGUGCCAAAAGGCGGAUGCAGCCGAUGCGAAAGAACAGGGCCUCCUAAGCUUGAUCGAGAGGAAUGGCGAAGAACUGAGGUCGCUCGAAGACCGCGACAAUGAAGCGGCGGAACGCGAAAUCGAGGCUGAAGAGAAACUGAGGUUUUUAGAGGAGCAACUCAAAGAGGCAGUGGCGAGAGCAGAGGACGCAGAACGUGAUGUAGUCAGAAAUGAAAAUAUCGUGGCCAGUAUAAGAAGCGACCUUCAAUCUUUGCACGACAAACGCGCGCAAGUCGAUAAAGAAAUCGAGAAUAUGGACGACCUGGUUCUAGGACUGGCCUCUGCCGAUGAUUUUGAAGCGAAACCCGAGGAAGAGGGCUGAGGCGAGUGAGACUUGUAUAGUGUAGUUUAAACCACAGGUUUUAUAAAUGCAGUGAAUAUAUUGACUGCCUUCUUGUGUAUUGACUGACGCUGGUGAAUUAGUAGAUUUUUAACGUUAACCUUGAAGUUAGAAUGAAUUAUUCCAAGACUUUUUUAAUUGGUAGUUGACAUAAAUAAAUGAAAUGAAGUUUU